CGCGCUCAGACUUUGUUGAAUGCGGUUGCAGCAAGGUUUUUAUGACUUUCCGUUACUGUUUAAACGAAUAGUUUGCGAACUGUGUUUUUUGAGCGCUUUGACUUACUAUAAUAUUGCGACGUCGAUAGUGUCUUAAAUCGAAAACCUGCGGUUUAAAUGUGCUGUUGGUGAUAAACGAGUACGCGAAGAGAAAUUAUCAUCGUCAUUUAACGUUACAGUUGAGGACUCGAUGAAGAAAUAAUACAAAGUUUGCUCAGGAUGGCAUACUUUUAUUCGGUCUCGUGGACAGUGCAAUGAUUUAAUCGUCGAAAAAUCCGGUGCUUGGGUAAAUAUUCGUUGUUUGACCACAAGAUCGCAUUUCGUUGUUGCCAAUCCACCCUUCUGGAGUUCGAAAGCCCGUUUCAGAUUUUUUUUAUAGCAAAAUUCAUUUGGAUUGGUUUCUUUUCGAUCUGUUUGAGACGUUUCGCCUUUCAACAAAGUGACUCCAUAAGGUCACUAACUGGGGGAAAAGAUCCGACAGUAAGACCCCGAUCUUGUGUCGAUACUCCAUCAUGUUGGGUAUUAUGGAUCAUCAUCAAGACACCGUCCCAAAAUGUACAACGGAGGCUUUGCCUCCAGAAGGUAGAAAGAGGACUGUGGAGGAUUUCAACAAAUUUUGCAGUUUUGUUUUGGCCUAUGCUGGCUACAUCCCACCUCAGAAAGAAGAGAGUUCAUGGUCUGCAACAUCUUCUCCACUAGCACAUGAGUUUUCAGAUGAAGGUACAGAAAAGGACAGUUGGACAGGUCACUCCAGCAUCGACAAUAUUCACAACCUGAUGUACAAAGCUCAGACUGACACCAGUAGUACAGAGUUCUGCAAUCAUCAGUCAGAUGGCUCCUUAGACAAGAUGAGAUUGAAGGAUUCUCUGAACCAAAUCCAUUUUCACAGCAAAGCCGAAAGAAAGAAGAUGAAGAAACUGAGCCGCUUAUCUUUGGGUAUUGGGAGAAAAGGCGACUCGGAGGCGAGAGUGCAUCGACAAUCCAAAACGGGCUUGAAGAAAGCAAAUAGAUCCGUAAAAGCUCACCGACACUUUCCCUACACAAGUCCUUCGAGUGAGGGGCUUCGGAUGGAGGAGGGGCUAACAGAACAGGCCGUUCACAUGCAAGGGGCGGAUCUACAACAGGAGUCAAAUCAAGAAACAGACCUGAGUUCCUGUGACACUGACGCAUUGGUGACGGAUGAGGACAUCAUGGUGGAGUCGGGUGAUGAUUCAUGGGAUUUGAUCACGUGUUAUUGCGGAAAGCCUUUCGCUGGACGGCCAAUGAUUGAGUGCGACGAAUGCUCCAUAUGGGUCCACCUAUCCUGCGCCAAGAUCAAAAAGUCCAACGUACCUGAUGUUUUCUACUGCCACAGAUGCAGGGACUCUAGGCAAACCACAGUGAAGAAAGACGACUGAGAAUGUGUGUUGGGUACAGAUGUUGUGUGUAUUUAAAUGGAUAUAACAUGUUCUCAUACCUGACCCUUUUUACUUUUCUAAUCUCUAUAAUUUAUGGUUUCUUUUAAAUUAAAGUUUAUAAUUUA